GCGCGGCGAGCCGGACGAGCCGGAUGUGCGACCGGUGCGGCGCCAAGGAGGGCGUGGCCGUGGACGAGAACGGCAAGGACCUGCCGGCCGUCAAGAAGCCGCGGGAGGUCCGCGAGGUGCCGGACGGGGAGGACGACGAGGACGCCGUCGACAUCGAUCUUGAGGACCCCGAGGUCGAGCAGGCGGCAACCAAGAUCCAGGCAGCGUUCCGGGGACACCGCGCCAGGAAGCACCAGGAGGAGGACAAGGAGGACAAGGCGGACACGAUGCAGCCCGCAGCAGAAGCUGAGCCCUCCAAGGAGCAGCUCAUGGCGGACUUCGACCCCAACGACAAAGAGCUGUGCCACGCCGCCACCAAGAUCCAGGCUUCCUUCAGGGGCCACGUGGCGAGGAAGACGGUGGGCAAGACCGACGAGGAGCUGAGCAAGGAGAUGGCCAAGCUGGAGACUGAGGCCAAGGAGGCCAAGGACCGGGCCGCCAAGGAGCUGGAGGACGAGCUGGCCGACAUCGACCUGACGGACCCGGACCUCCACAAGGCGGCCACCAAGAUCCAGGCCUCCUUUAGGGGCCACAAGGUGCGCAAGGAGGACGCCCCCGCCGACCAGUGAAGCCCAGCAGGGAAGCCCAGCAGCCCCAGGCCGGGCCAGGCUCUUAGGCCAGGCCACCCUCAUGCCCACCCUCAUGGCCAACAGCGCGCCCCACUCCAGAGUUCCAGCGGCUGGGGUCCAAGAGUCCAGCAGCCUGCAGCAGCCUGCGUCUCACCGACGGAGGCGCCUUGUUUCUCGCAGUGUCAACCAUGCAAAGCCGGCCCCGUAUUUUUUUCCUAUAAGUGUACGUUACCGCACAAGAGCCCCUCGCGUCGCCUGCACACCAUGUUCCCAGUGGCAGUGGUUGGCUGCCUCCCUUCCCUUCCCCCCGUCGUUCCUGUUUCCAACAUUUUCUCCUGUUUU